UCACAGCCAAGGACGUGGGCAAGACGGUCAUGAACUUCAAGUUCCCGUGGCUGCUGACAAUGUGGAGGACACUGGCGGCACCUGGCAGAGGCUGCUGGGCCCUGGUCAUCCUGCUGACGAUUGUGGACAUGCCGCCCGGGGGAGGCCUGCACAUCACCAGCUCAGCUUCCCAGCACGGAGAGCAGCUGACCUUGGUCUGUACGCUGUGGCACAAGAGAGAAGAAGCCGAGGGGUUCACCGUGUUUUUGUGCAAAGACAGAUCUUGGAACUGCUCCUCUGAGGUCAGCCUGAAGCAGCUGAGACCCAAGAGGGAUCCCGAGGUGGACAAUGUCAGUGACAAGUCCUCUCAGCUGGUGUACACCAUCAACAGAGUCACACCAGCGGACAGCGGGACCUACCAGUGCUGUGCCAGGAGCCAGAAACUGGGUCUGCACCUUCAAGGCCAUUUUUUCUCUGUUGUAGUCACAGGGAACUACACGGUGACAGGACCCAAACCGAGGACGCACCCCGAGGUCAGCCAGAGUGGAGGCGCGCUCAGCUCAGGUCUCCCACAGGAGAAGCCGUGGCUCUGGCUCGUCACGAGCCUGGUGGCCUUCCGAGGUACGCUCAUGAGCAGGGGAGUGCUGUGCCUCUGCUGCCCUGGCUUUCUCCAGGAGGGGGGGGAUGUUCCUGGGGCCCUGGCUAUCACCAUGUCCUCAACGGAGUCCAAGGUCCUAAAACGCCCCAGGCUGGCAGUGGUGACGCGCCUCUGA